CAGACCUACAAAGCAGAGAAGACAACAUCAGAGGCAUUUCUUUUGUGAUACAAGUUAGGUCCAGUCUACAGAUGUUGUGCUGCCUCACAGUUCAGAAGGCUUAAGAAAAAAUACAAAGGAAGCAAGAAAAAUUCCACCAACCGUCGGUGAUGUGAAUCUGUCUUCAUGAAGGAAUAAGAUACCAAAACUGAUUUCAUUGCAGAGAAUUUACACGGGAAAAAAAAUGGUUAAAGUCACACAAUAAAGCAGGAACACUACCAUUCUGAGAGAUUUUUCGUACAUCUAAUGCAAUGGAUCCCAGUGAUGCAGUUCUUUUAAGAAACUGGACUUUUUGACAUGUCAUUCGAAAUACUACUUACGAGAGCAGAUGUGAAGCUGACGCACAGCCCUGAUGGUGGACAUUGGAUGCUAGCAAAAGAUUAAUCAAUCGCUAAGCUGCAAGUAAUGGCAGAUCUAGGAGAGGAGAACCAGGAAAUGUUGUCAAGCUCUUCAACUGUAUCCAAAGUGGAAGAAAAUGUUCAAAGACAACACAAAAAACCUAUUGUUUCCCAGGGCGAGGGCAUUGUCAUCCAUUUAACGUCACCAACAAACAGUGAGCACUGGGUAAAUUUAGGAGAAAAUGAAACAACCUCUUCAAAAGCUGGAGAGAAUGUUGGAAGAAGUCUAGCAGUGGAUAAAGAAGGAAUAUCAGAACUGAAUAUUCCCUUUUCUGACGAGUGCCUAAAUUUACCGUUGCCAGCUUCAUCCCUGCCUUCUUCCCCUUCUGUUUCUGGAUUUUUAGGUGAAUUAUUUUUCCCAUUGGUAUCAUCCCCUAUGUCAUCUUCAUCAAACUCCUACAGUUCCUCAGAAUCAACACCUUUCAUGAGCCUAGUUAAAUCACUGUCUGCAGAAACUGAAUCCAGAGAUACAUCUUCCCUGAAACCGAAGCCUUUGCUAAACCUUGUUAAGUCUAUCUCGACUGAAAUUUCACGCCACGAGCCCGAGGUUGCACAAUCAAAAUCAGACUCAAGGCUAAACAUGCAUCUUUGGCGCCAGUUAACGCAGCACAAGGGAAGAAAUGGUGAUUCAAAAACAGCUCCACCAUCACCUCUGCUUUCACCCACUGAGUGUAAAAUCAGUUUUUUCAAAGUCCCUGAAGUAGAAGCCAAACUGGAAGACACAAAAAGAAAACUUUCAGAGGCUAUACAAGAGCCUUUGAAUAUGUUAAGCAAGAUGAUAGGAGAUGAUAGUGCUGGAAGCCCCAAAUUUCGACCAUCACCAUCAAAUAUGUGUAGUGCUAACUCCUUCUGUGAUGUCGGACCUGAACAUUGUAGCAAUGAUACAGGUAGUAAGAAUGCAAGAUCUGGGCUUGAGAAGUUCAGAAUGGAGAUACUUAAAUCAGAAAGGAAAGAGAGUGAAAGACCACCUAAUGCACAGAGUUCUCCAGGAAAGCAUGCAAAAGGAAAGCAGAAGAAACAAUGUCUAUCCUUUUCUCAGAGUGAUGGGGACAACAAUGGCACUAGGUAUGAGAUAUGCUCAUAUGGAGAUGUGUUACAAAUUAUCGAAACAAAGCCCAGUCAAGACAAUACGUUGUGCAGUCAUGAACCAAUGUUUUCCUACUCAGACAGAACCUUGACUCCACAGUCUUCUCCAAAAGUGCCAAGUAAAACUCUGAUAUGUUUUGCCACUCUUGCUUACAGCUAUUUUGUAUUGCCAUUGCCAUCGUUCUUCUCUGGCCUCUACUUAGGACUUGCCUGUGGAUUUAUGAUUGGCCUGCUAGUUAUCUCCCUGCACACACCUAGGACCGUGCAAGCCACCCCUGUAGACCUCCAGAGUUAUGAAAAUCUCCAAUCCGGAAACAUAAUUAGGGAACCCAAGGACCCUGAAGUGGUGAAGGGCUGGAUGAAUGAAAUCUAUAACUACAAUCCUGACACCUACCAUCCAUCCCUGACGUUUUCGGUCUUUGUGACACUAGAGGGUACUGCACUGAAACUCUCGUAUCCAAGAAGCAACAUUCCUCGGCGAGCAACCUUUGAUGAAGGCAAGCAUGAUGUGAUUUUCAUCAGCCAUCGAUCCUGUGACCUUGCUGAUAGCAAGAUUUUCCUUGUCCCACCUGGACUUGCAAAGAAGAGAAUGUGGAAUAAGAAAUAUCCCAUCUGUAUUUUCCUCAGUGAAUCUGAGACCUACAAAUCCAAAUGUUUGGGAGAUAGAAAAAUGAAGAAUGAAAUAGAUAUUGAAGAUUCAGAAAUCACACAACAGAGUCUGACAACAGAGUUCCAGAUGAGAGCUCUCAGAGAAGGCAGGGAAAACACACUCUUCCUCUUUGGAAGAACAGGAAGAGAAAAAGAAGAAUGGUUUAGAUAUUUCCUUCUGGCGUCUAGAGUACAAUCCGAGGACAGACUGAACCACAGCAGAGGUAGUGCAAAACCUGGUCUCACAUCAAAUCUUGUCUCCAGCCCAUCAGGGCGAUUGGUUUACAGUGACAACAGCAGCAGGGACAGCACAGAAGACCUUCCCUCCCUUUUUAAAACUAAGGACUUGGCAGGAAACAUUCGACAGAAGAUCCUUCUGGACUACAACACUUACAUGUCAAAACUGACUGGCUCUGACAGCUGCAGUCCUUUGCUGAGCCCCAACCAAAGCACCACCAGCAGCCCUAUCAAAAGCCAGAUGCCAAUUUGUGGGGAUCCCCAAGUGUCCUGGAUAAAUGCGUUGAUUGGACGGAUCUUCUGGGAUUUUUUACGGGAAAAGUACUGGGCGGAUCUAGUUGCUUACAAAAUUCAGAAGAAGUUGAGUAAAAUCAGGCUGCCAUAUUUUAUGAAUGAACUUACACUCACUGACUUGGACUUGGGGACGUUGUUACCUGUAAUCAUCCGCACUUCCAGCCCAUCAGUCAAUCAAAGAGGGCUCUGGGUAGACUUGGAAAUUGCAUACAGUGGAGCAUUACAGAUGACACUGGAAACCAAGAUGAAUCUGUGUAAGUUGGGGAAAGAAUUGGUCCCAGAAGGGAUGAAUCUGGUUGACACAAAAACAGAGAGAUCAAAGCCCCGGAGCUUGGUACUGACAGACAGCGAUGAAGAAUCUUCAAGUGCUGGUUCUUCAGAUGAAGAGGAAGUAUCUACAGCAGAACUGCAAGGAAGCACUGUUGACAAAUUAGGCCCACCUGGUGUGGAGGGGUGUAGCACAGGAAGCAGUACUAGCCGGAAGAUUCUCAAAUUUGUAGACAAGAUUGCCAAAUCAAAGUAUUUCCAAAAAGCCACGGAGAAUGAGUUCAUCAAGAAGAAAAUAGAGGAAGUGUCAAACACUCCACUGAUUCUGACUGUGGAGGUUCAAGAACUGACAGGAAUGCUGGCUGUCAAUAUUCCACCUCCUCCUACUGAUCGAAUAUGGUACAGUUUCCGGACACCACCUAGACUGGAAUUUAAGGUGCGACCCAAGCUAGGUGAACGGGAAGUAACUUUCACGCAUGUGACAGAAUGGAUUGAGAAAAAAUUGCAACAUGAAUUCCAGAAAGUUUUUGUGAUGCCAAACAUGGAUGACAUCUAUAUUCCCAUCAUGCACUCGGGCCUUGAUGAACCAGGCCACUCCAAGCAAUCUCCACCAGAAAUCACAAGACAAGCGUCCUUGACGGACACUAACAACUAGAGUAAUAUUUAGAUAAAGGUGAUAUUUCAUGUUCUUUUCCUGCUCCCCUGAAUGCUUGAAAAAUGCAAAUGGAGGACCAAAUUUGAUUGAAGAAUUCCUUUUUGAAUUGAUGUCCAAUUGAUGCAUAGCUCAGUAUGUGUGACUGGCUCUUCAAUUCUCUACAUUCAGAUCAAAUAUUGAAUUAUCACUUACUGCACCAUGUUUAUUCUUGAGGACUUUCGCUGUAAAUAUUUCUAAAAUAUCUUCAUGAAGAUUCAACCAUGGAGAAGAUAGCCAUGAGAUUGAAUCUAUUUCUUUUCCCAGCACUCACACCUAUUCUCUCAGAAAGAAUAUUGGAAGACAGUCAAGAAUCCCCGGUACUUCAUUCUUUACUUAUUUGUUGGAUAUUGACAUAAAACAGGCAUAGACCAGUCAGCUGUUUAAUAUACUCAUCGUGAUACUGAGUUCUAUUGACUGCAGUGGGAAAACAGUUCAGAAACAACAUGAAAUGCCUGGCUGAUCCAAUAUUGCCUGUUUACUACUACCGGGCAACAUAAAUUUCUACUUGUGCAUGAUUUUAGCUAUCCUUUGAAAACAGUGCUGAUAGUCAGUAUUUUAUUGUUUUGGUUUAUGUGGUGGUGGUUGUCUAUUGUGUCCAGCAGUGACGGGAAACAUGUGUGGGAGAGUUUGCACUGAGGCAGCUCCACUCUCUCAACAUUGGAGGCCCAGGUCCAGUGGUACGAUCACAACUGGGAUCUUUCUUGGUUGUAGUGGCUGACCAUGGCUUCCUCUGCGCCUCAUCGUGCCCUCCACUCUCCAUGAAGCGUUGCAGAGCCACGUUCCCGCCCAUUAGAUCUCACUCAUUGUAGAUCUCAUCCACUCUGUCCACCAGAACUGACUUCGCAUAUUAGGAAGUCCCUAUCCCACCGCUGGCUGCCCUCAUGCAGUUUAGCCCACCUAUUAAAGCGGAGCACUGGGGUGUGGACGCUGUCAUGUGCAAACGGCUACUUGGAGCUGCAGAUAAAAGCCAAGUAUCUGGUGGGGACAAAAGAGCAAGCUACUCUGGAAUGGACGCGACAAGCCCUUUCACCAGAAGAGCUCCCCCUCCCUGGACACCUCAUAAACUCCUUUGGUUUGUGUAGUCCCAAAUUAAACAUGAAUGCCAUUAAAGAAUUCUUACCUAAAAUCUAUAAACUUGAUUGUUUUAAUGAAUUUCUGCCAAGUUUAUAGUUCUUAGAGGAGUUUUUAUUUACACAAUUUACACAAAAUACAGCUGUACUCAACCCGUUCCUCACACAGUUUAAUUUCCUAUGUCCAUUUACUGGUGGUGGGAUUUUAAUUAUUCAAGCUAUUUUCUGAAAUAUUACUUUAAUGUGCCUAACCUUUCAGCUUUGUGAAAUCCUUCCAAAAACCAAAAGGGAGCCUCACAGAACUAUAAAAUGAACCCUGUGCAAAUCAUAUUAUCAAAAACAGCUUCUAAACAAAGUGUUAAAUUUUCUUUUGAGGGCCAAGAUAGUUAGGAAAAGGAAAAUGUAAGACCCCCCUGCCCAGACUUCCUCUCACACCAGCUAUUAAAACCAGACUCGGAGCAGAACCCUACCCUCCUUCAUUCCCUCACAUGCUUUGAGUCCAGUUGCUUCAUUAGGGAUGGCUCAACUUUCCAGAAUGCUACUGGCAUUCUUGGAAGGGCUAGAAUUCACCAGGUCAGUUGCCUAUUCAAUGCUUAAAAUUCCCAUCUGUUAAUAUUUCUUUAGUAAUGGUUCGUAAACUACAAAAUAGAACCUAAGGUAGCUGGGUAUCUUGAAUGGAGGGAGAUCCACGAGAAUGCUUAAAACUCAGCUCCUAAUAACCGAGGAGGGCAAUGAUGUAGGGAACUCUCUCCCAACUGGAUCCCAUGUUUUUCUUAUGUAUAUUAAAUCAGAAAAUGCUGAAAAUGCCCAAUGGUUCAGGUGGCAUCCAUGGAGCGAAAAGUUGAGUCAGCAUGUCAAAAUGAAUAUUGUAUUGUCCUUAAUGUUAAUUCCGUUUCUUAGUUUAUCCCCACAUAGAUAUUGCCUCGCCUAUUGUGCCUUUCUAGCUUUUACUUUUUUACCAUAUUUCCAUCUCCCAUAAGUUUUGGCUCUCCGUUUGUGCUGGAUGUGCUUCGAUCAAAGGCAAAAUUCAAGUAGUUAAUUGGAUUCUCAUGGAGUUUCCUCUCCCCAGGAUGCAUGGGUUGCUGGUUGGCUAUAAGCUGUUAAUCAAACUCAGCUUUCUCCCUCAAGACCCACUCACCCCACCGGAAUAUUCCCUGAAAAAUAAAAGAUCUGUUCUCCUGCAGAUAUUUGUACAUCAAAGAACAGCAGAAAUUUUGGUGACGGGAGUUUGCCAGACUGACAGCCCUGACAAACUUGCUGUCAUUUGCUGUGCUUCAGUCCUGAUACACUGCCAUCUGGUGGCAGAAUUUACACUCACUCUGAACAACUGCAUAAAUAUUUCAAAAUGACUAUGUGGAAAACAGAUAUGCAAAAGAGUUGGCAUAAGGAAAAUAUUUUUAAAUGGUUGUCUAUCCCCCAGAAAUAUUCACAUAACUAUUUAUAGUAAUUUAUUGCAUAGUUUUUUUUGCCACAGUGAUAGAAAAGUGAAGUUGUAAACUAUUUGCAUUUGGGAAACCUUCCCUCCUUUAUUCGUGCAUGUUACAUACUUCUCUGUAUUUGUACAAAGAAAUGUGUUGCCUUUACGUUAGGUAAGUAUUAAGUGCAAUAAUACUGAUUAAUGUUAGUAGAUAUUUUUUAAGAAUUCUCUUUGUAUUGGUGUAAAGAAAGAUGAGGACAGGUAUGCAUGUAGUAUUUUUUAAAUAAAAUGAAAAUAUGUGGCUACCCUGUGGUGUAUAUG